AUGCUCGACCGUGGUGGAGAUGAGAUCAAGAUCCUCUACUUCAUCCAGAAAUUGAAGUACGAAACCGAGAGGAGUGGUGGGAAAAUCAUCACCAUGAACGGCAAUCACGAGAUCAUGAAUGAAAAAAGUGGACUGCCGGUGACAAUGAAAUUAUUUUUUGUCGAGGUGGGAAUAUCGGUGAGAUUGGAGGACUCUGCGGUAUUAUUCAGCUAUAUUUCCAUUGUAUUUCUCUGUUUUGUCUCUGUUUCCAUCGUCGAAGACGAUGUGAAGUGCUUGCAAGGUGUGAAGAACUCUCUCACUGACCCUCAUGGCAAGCUCAAUUCAUGGACUUUCACCAACAAUUCAGUCCGCGUUCUGUGUAAAUUCAUCGGAGUUUCAUGCUGGAACGAUUUUGAAAACCGUCUCUUCAACCUCGGGCUUCGCGGUAUGCAUCUCGUCGGCGAAUUUCCGGAGUCUCUACACUACUGUCAUAGCUUGCAAUCUCUCGAUCUCUCCAGUAACGAUCUCACCGGUUCAAUUCUUACACAAAUCUGUUCUUGGUUGCCUUUUUUAGUAACCCUACAUUUAUCUAAUUAUCAUUUCACUGGUUCAAUUCCGGUUGAUCUUUUCUGA